AUGUUUAGGACGUUGCCGCCGGAGGAAGAGGAUGAGUCGUCGUCGUCAUCAUCCGCGACCUCGGUGAUGGCGGCGACCGCAUUGCUGCCUCCCGCUGCCACGACCAAGAGAUCGCGGCCGGCUGUGGAAGGCGGCCGGCGCAGAGGCAGCGAGGAUCUACCCCACUGGGCGACAGAUAGGCCCCCGCGGUCGCCGUUCGAGUCCCGGCUCCUGGAGGGAGGAGAGGUGUCGGAGGGAGAGGUGGUGGAGGGAGAUGUGCGCACCCCACGGGUGAGGUCUUCUAGGGCGUUCAGUUCGCGGUCGCCAGAGGCUGUGGGUUCGCCGGAAGCUGUGGGUUCGCCGGAAGCUGCGGGUUCGCCGGAAGCUGCGGGUUCGCCGGAAGCUGCGGGUUCGCCGGAAGCUGCGGGUUCGCCGCCGCCGCACACGCGCGUGGGGGCGUCGAGGGCGGGUCUGCAGGUCCCCGUUGUACGUGGCGAGGCGGCGGCGGCAGCAUUGGAGCGCGAAACGGCGAUCGCGGCGUCGUUGCUCGUGCCCAACGCGGUGUUGAAGAAAUCGCUGGAGCGGCCGCGGCCGUUGUUGCCGGGUCAGUGGGAUCGGCGUUAUGAACUCGGUCAGACAGACUUGGUUUCGCGGCCGCCCUCGUCGGCCUUCUCGCCCGUCUCACACCCUCCUAUAUCAAGCCUGUCGCUGCUCGCCGGCUACGAAGACGACGACAGUAGCAGCACCGAGGGACGGAAUUCAGGCCGGGACGAAAGGAACACGCACUCGGAAGCCGUUCGCAGCAAGCCCGAACUCCGGCUGCCUGAAUACAACGCCCAGGGGGACCCAACCCUAGGCGCAGACGGCACCCCCGCGCGUAAUGACAGCACAUCACAGAGUGACGAGGCUGCACCGAUUGGAGGACAACCGCGGACGGUGCUCCAUGGUAGAGACCUCGCCAACGCUAACUGGCAAUAUGAUCCAGACCUGGUCACCUGGCACAAGCCAAACAGGUCUAGUCAAUUCGAUCGACUGAGCAAGAGCAGACACCAGUUAACAUAUUUGGGUGCGGUGGCUGAGGGCAUGGGAGACAAUGUGCGCGAAGCUAGCGUUCGAGGUCGACAGGAGCAGCGGGCAGUUCGUGACCGUUACGGUUGGUAA